CAAACUGAAUGCUUCCUCUGUACUCUCUGUGUGACCUAUUGGAUGGAAGUACAUGUGCGGCGCGCUGUUGAUGAACAGAAAUGGAGAAAUUCGCGACCUGCGCCGAGCUUCUUGGAAACAUCUGCAAGUUGAUGGUACCCGCCACAAAUUGCUGAGUUCGUGCUGAAUUUUAGAGACAGUCUAACUCAGCGAGCUGUGUUUGCUGGCUUCGCCUUAACAAGCGAGUCUGCGACAGAGUCUAAUUGAGACUGUAAGACGAGAACAGGAAAGCAGUCGAGGUUUUCUUCUCGUGAACUUGGGAGUUCAAGACAACUCGUCCAAACACGGCAAAGCUGAACCCCUCUGAGGUCUAUUCUACUUUCAUUCAUUUAGUUUUAACAAACCGGAAGAAUCUGAUGACGCCGAAAAUCGUGUGGUUCUUUGUCGCCUCGCUGGGAGCAUCCUGUCGUGGCAUUGAGUCGGCCUGGGGUGGUUCAACCAUGACGAAUCCCACUCUUCUGCUGGACGUGGACACGGGCGUAGACGAUGCUCUGGCUAUCGGUCUCGCCUUAGGCUCUGGUGCGGACGUGGCAGCCAUUACUACGGUGGCUGGCAACACCAGAGUGGACUCUGCGCAAGACAACACGCUGCGUGUGCUUCGGGUCUUCGGCAGGACGGACAUUCCCGUCUACCGAGGAGCCGACCGACCUCUUGACGGCGAUUGGAAACAAGAGGAGCACUACUUCGGCCAUGAUAGUUUCGGCGAAGUGUCCGCGCACUACGACGUCGGGGUGAACGCCGCGGCGACCGCUGGAGGCAACGGCACGCCGGCAGCCUUGAAGAUCAUCGAGCUCGCGCGGGCUAGACCCGGACAGCUCACCCUGGUGCUGCUCGGUCCACUGACUAACGUGGCCAUCGCUCUCCUGGUGGACCCGCACUUCACCGGAAGUCUGCGAGAGAUGUUCAUCUUGGGUGGCAACAGACAAGGCAGAGGUAACGUUGUGCCGGGUUCGGAGUUCAAUUUCCACACUGACCCUGAAGCUGCGCACAUUGUCCUCCAGAGGGCACAGUGCCCGGUCACCAUCGUGCCGUGGGAAACAUGCCUUCUCUCUAUGCUUCCAUGGGCUGACUUCCAGAACGUGAUCCUCAAGAACAGCUCGAGAGCGCAGUUCCUGGCCGACGUGACGCGUCACACGCGCCGGUGUUGCGCAGCCGGCACACAAGGCUUCAACGUAGGCGACGCGCUCGCCGUGCUGGCGGCGUUGUCACCGGCAUCUGUGCUCGACUCCGUCGAUAGCCGCGUGGCUGUCGAACUGUCCGGGCACUAUACUCGCGGUCAGCUUGUGCAGGCCUGGUCGCCCAGGAUGCUGCCGCAGGUGCAGCGCACAGUGAAGCUGGUCCAGGUACUAGAUAGACGACUAUUGGCACACUACAUGGUCAGGGCAUUCUCCUGACACUCACGGCGGCCAACUUCUAUGGGUUAACACAGACCUAACCUCUCUUUUAGACCAGCGAUUCAUCGCGGAGAUUGCGCGGUCACGUUGGUCUCAAAGCGACCGGUCGCCAAUAUACGCGAAUGGUUGCUUUGACCGAAAAGCGACCGUUCUGUCUAUCGCUGGUAGAUUUUACAUCGAAGCUGUAUAUAGCUACGGCAUGUCCGUUGUCCGCGAACAAAAAUAUCAUCAUCACCAAUGGCUCGAGCGUCGUCGUGUUCAUCAACAGCUCGUUGGCCCCCUCGGCGCAACCGCACGAACGCGCUCGUGCCAGUGCUCACGCGUUCGUCGUCGUCGUCUCUGAUCUGCUCGAACGUAUUUCUCCGUAUACAGCCCACGCGCGCAUGCGCGCAAUGUCAUACGUUCAAGCAGAUGAAGUUGCGGUCUCACUUUAGCUCCACCUUCGCCAUGAGAUGGGCGCGAGUAGUUCGUACGCCCUAGGGAGCCUAAAUGCAGCGCUGAGCGUUGCAUGUAUACGCUCCCUAGUACGGCCGAAGAACAGCGAUUUUACGAGGAAUGACGUCGAG